UGAGGUUGUUUUAAAUUUUAAUUGUUUGCAAAUUGCAAUUGAUUAAAAUUAUAUAUUGAGUAGGCAAGAAGUCGGACACUAUGGAAGCUGUGCCACGUCUGCAUAUGCUGUGGUUUGCCCUAAAAUCCAGCCCGGAGGGCACCUCCUUUGCGGCUCUGAAGAAGUAUAUAGCCGAGUUCUAUCAUGAGGAUCCCGAGGCCUUUUCCAAGGAAGUGCAUGCCCUGGAGUCGCUGCGGAAUCAGGCCAUGCGCACUACCAAGGAUGGUGCAACCGUGAUGAAACGCUACUACUGCCAGCUACACGCCCUGCAAAAUCGCUUCCCCCAACUGGCCGACAAGGGUAUCUUCACCUUUACCUGGAAGGAUCUCUACCACAGUGCCGUUCACGAGGUCACCGAUAUACGUUUCGAGCGGGCAGCAGUCCUCUUCAAUAUCGCCGCCUCCCACACCCAGUCGGGGGCAUCAGUGACGCGCGGCGAUGUCGAUGGCAUGAAAAUGGCGUGCACCCACUUUCAGGCCGCAGCCUGGGCCUACAACGAGCUCAGGGAACGCUAUGCGAAUGUGAACAGUGGCGGCGACUUCAUGACCACCGAGCUGCUGGUCUACCAGCAGCAGGUAUGCCUGGCUCAGGCGCAGGAGUGCAUCCUCGAGAAGUCGCUGAUCGACAAUCGCAAGCCGCAUAUUGUGGCCAAGGUAACGGCCCAGAUCGUGGUCUACUACGGAGCCGCACUGGCAGCCCUUCUCACAGGAGGAGACGAUGGUCCGGUGGCCCAGGUCAUCGACGCUUCUGUGUACAAGCUUUGGAAGAAAUAUGUGCGCUUCAAGAUCAACUAUCUGAAUUGCAUCCUCUACCUCUACCAGGGGCAGAAUGCGGAGGAGAAGCGCCAUAUGGGCGAGCGAGUAACACUUUACCAGGCCAGCUGGGAUAAGCUGGAGGAGGCCCGUAAGGAGUCCAAGGGGUUGCCCGAUCAAAAGGAGAUUAAUGAGUCCCUAAGCUUUACUGCUGACGUGGUGGAGGCCAAGCGGAAAAAUGCCAAGAACGAGAACGAGUUCAUUUACCACGAGGCAGUGCCAGAACUGUCUACCAUUGCCGCUGUGCAGGGGGCCAACCUGGUGAAUGGCAUAGGCUUCCAGGUCACCGAUGAGGAGUACGCAGGAGCGGACAUCUUUGCCCGCCUAGUGCCCAUGAAGGCGCACGAGGCCAGUUCCCUGUACAGCGAGGAGAAGGCCAAGCUGCUGCGAAAGUACGGUGCCCUGCUGGAGGAGAAGGACGGCCAGCUGGAGGGCUACAUGAGCUCCCUCACCCUCGAAAAUCUGAACAUCAACGAGGAGCAGGCCAAUAAGCUGCCCCAGGGCAUCGUGGACCGCUGCGCAGCCUUGCAUGCCAAUAAAACGGCGAUCAGCGACCUAAUCGAGGCCAUGUCGCAAUUGGCCGAGAUUACUACUGACGUGGAGACGAAUCUCGGCGAGCUGUCGCACAUGCUCGAGGAGGAGGCCAAGGCGGAGCGGGAGUUCCAGGCGGCUAGCGGGGUGCAGCGUACACCCAAUGCCCAUAUCACCGAGCUGACGCGGGAGUUCCAGAAGUACAGCGAAGCGCAUGCCCGAGCCGGAGAGUCCAACAACACCCUGCGGAAGGCCAUGAGCCUGCACGUGAACAACCUGAAGAUCCUGGCCCGUCCCCUCCAGGAGAUCCAGCAGCUGAUGCCCAAGAUUAGCUCGGACCUAAACACCGCGGAGAUCUUCAAGGACGUAAAGCUGGUCCUCAACAAGGUCAACGAAAUGAAAGCUCAGCGCGCCCAGUUCCAUGCGGACCUGCGCAUUGCCAUCAACGAGGAUGACAUCACGGGUAAAGUCAUUGCUCACGGUGGUCAGGAGGGACUGCAGGCCCUGUUCGUUGCGGAGAUGGCCAAGCACGACAGGAUUACGCAGCUGCUGGACCAGAACCUGCUGGCACAGCAGAACAUACUCCACGCGCUCACUGAAAACUAUGCCAAGGCCGCACCCGUGCUCAAGACCCUCCAGGACGUCAAGCAGAAGCGGGAGCACUUCUACAGCUCGCUCGCAGCCUCCUACGAUGUGUACGAGGAUCUGCUGGCCAAGUCCGCUAAGGGACUGGAGUUCUACAAAAAGCUGGCGGGCAAUAUUCAAAAACUGCUCAGCCGCUUCAAGUCCGCCCGCGAUGUGCAGUCGGAGGAGCGGCAGCAGAGAAUGGAGAGUGUCAUGGCCGCUUCCAGCAAAACCGCAGCCGAAAUUCAGCCAUCAGCCAUCAUUGUUGGAGGAGGAGGAGAAGCAGGUACACCAAAGCUGCGGGACUACCUUAAGGCCAAAGGAGCCUCUGCGGCUAGCAUUGCCGCCGGCAUAGUGCCCACUCCGGAUGCCACUACUUCAGCAGGACCUUCUUCCUAUGUGCACAUAGUGCGUCCAGUGCCUGUGGGAUCAGAGAAUCCCACGCAGGCGGCGUGCUCUGCCUAUGCCACGGCUCCGCCCAACGAGCCACCGCCGCCGUACAGCCUCCAGCAGCAGCAGUACUACGAUCCCAGUGCGGCGGGCUACACGAAUCCCAUGUACAAUCAGCAGCAGCAGAACAUCGAUCCGCCGGCCUACAAGGCACAACCCUCGCCCAACUCCCAAACGCUCCACGGGGCCGUGGGACAGCUCAGUAUCCAGCAAUCGCAGGACGGCUGUCAGGUAGGAUCGGCCUACAACUACAAUCAUCCGAAUGCUGCAGUGCCUGCUGCAUCGCAGCCGUAUGCAGCUGCAGGGUCGAAUGCGCAGGGAUUCAACUACCAGCAGCCGCUGUAUGUGGCCACAUCAUCGAAUGCGAAUCCUGGCGAGAUACCAGCCUCGUUACAGGUCCCGUAUGUGGUCAAUCCCACUCCUUCGGCAGGCUAUCAAACGGGAGGAGUCUACCCGCAGGCCGCCCACCCUGAGUCGAUACAUCCGCCUCAAACGUCAGAGGCUUAUCCCCAGCAAUCGUCGGUGAAUAAUUCCGCUCAGGCGCCUCAGCAGCCCAGAAGUUAUGCCUCACCUCAUCAGUCCACGGGAUAUUCGCCAGCACAUAUGCCACAGCAACUGCCUAAUGUUGGUUAUCCUUAUUCCCAGACGCCCCAGCAGCAGCCCCCAGGAUAUCCCCAGUACCAGACACACCAGAAGCAGACCACAGGAUAUCCCCAGUCCCAGACGCUUCAACAGCCCAUGGCAUAUUCUCAGCCACCCUCCAUGGGCUAUGGGUCUCUUCAACCCUCGCUAUAUCCAUCACAGGCUGUCCAGGCAUCCCCCCGAACCACGCGGGGAAUCCAAUCCUCUCCAGGUCAUUCGAUGCCAGUGAGUCGGGUCCCAUCUUCAUCACAGCCGUGCGUCCAGCAAUACGGUGAUCUCCAAGCGGUAGUAAUUCCCGCGACUGCUGGGGCUCCAGUUUCAUCUCCUGCUGCCUCUUCCAAUCCUGCGAUAGCAUCCAGUCCAGCUCCCACUAACGCUUUCACGUACAUCACCUAUUCCAACCAUCCUGGCUACAGCUACAAUCCGCAGACAGGCGCCUACGACUACAGCAGUGGAUAUCAGCAGGAGAACCUAUCAAAUCUGCAGGGAUCGCUGGGCUAUCAGUUCAGCCAGAGUGGAAAGCAGCUGGCGGCCGUGGUCGGGACCACGGACUCGGAGAAUGCUAAUCGCAGUAAUCCAGCCACAGGAUUCGAUUCGCCCGUUGUGUCUCACACCAAGGCGGGAACUGGCAAAGGCACAGCCACAGGCCCAGACAGAGCCGAAACUGCUAAUGAAGCAGCUCCUCAGCAGCCGGGAGGAGGUAAAGACACAUCCAAUUACUAUACGCCACCCUACGGCCAUCAUUCCACGACCGAGCACGUCGAAGGAGCCCCUGAACCGCAACAGCAGCCCACCCCGAAGCCCUCGCCACAUCCAUCUGGUUCCAUUUACAUGCAGAGCGGGGCCACCAGCAUUGCCAACACUCAGACGACCACUAGCAGUGCGCCCUACGCCUUCUCGGCCGCGACCAAGCAGGCUGCUGCGCUUGCUCCUAGCAAUGUAGACCUGUUGAGCGACCUGGAUAUAGAUAGCUCUGUUGCUGUGCCUCCUCCAAUGUUGCCACAGCCACUGCUACAGCCUCAGUUGGUGGCCACUCCGCCAGGCAGUCAGAUGUUAACACCUAUCCAAACAGAGAGCACUGCGGAGGCUGUUUCACCUCCUGAGACAUCCCCUGAGAUAACACCUGGAGCAUCAGCAGGGGCAGCAGCAGCAAUUAGAACAGCAGACUCAUCCUCAAUAACUCCGCCGGCAAGGACACCAAGUCUGGAAAAUCUCUCCAACUGCUCUGAUCUGAGUUCCCUGGAAAACUUUGAUUGGGACUCGGUCUCCCUCACACAUUCCGUUAGCGAGAAACAGCCCAAGUGUGUCAAUGGAUAUUCCAAUAACUUUGCAUUCCAAGCCGAAAAGUUCACCGAUGAGAAAACGACGAAAUAUUUCCAGAAGGAGGUGGAGAGAUACGAAAAGCUGCUGGAGAAUCUGCACAUUAAGAUGCUCAACGGCAAGACCCAGCUGGGGGCCAAGUGGCAGGAGUUGCAGAACCUGCUAAACAAGGAAAGCAGUGGCAAGCAAUCCACGACCAUUGCCAAACUGUUUCCAGAAAAGAAUCGCUCUUUGGACUGUCUACCCUUCGAUCAUGCGCUUGUCAAGCUAGACAAACAGACAGAUGACUACAUCAAUGCGGCCUACAUGAAGAACUUGAGUGCCAGAUGUCCCAACUUCAUCAUUGCUCAGACGCCCCAGGCCAAUACGAUUAACGAUUUCUGGUCCAUGAUCUGGUCGGAGAAGUCCCGCACAGUGGUUUGUCUGCAUACUACAAAUGAGCUCUUUGAUCCCUUUUGGCCACAGGCUUUGGAUCAGGCGACUCACUACGAUGACUACACGGUGACAUGUGUGAAGCUGAACCAGCUCAGCCACUGCUCAGAGUAUCAGCUGAGGCUGUCCAUGCAUGGGGCAGAUGUCCUGGAUUUGUCGCUGCUACAACUGAAGCAGUGGACCAAGGGUUCAUGCACUCAGGUACUGGGUGUAUCCCAGAACUCGUUGGACACACAUCGACAGCGCUGUCAGGCAGACAAUGCACCAAGUUCGCCACUUGUAAUGAGCUGUUUAACGGGCUCAGAGCGCUCCGAGAUGGUGGUCAUUGGCGUGUGCGCCCUGAUAGCCACUCAAAGCAAACAACCAACUCUGAUAAAUGUGGUUGAUGUUUGGUCUCGAAUUUGUGCGCAGCGUCAAAAUUCACUGCGGGACUCGGCCAUCCUGGAGCAAGCCAUGCAAAUUGUGCUCUGCAAUGCACACAAUGUGCUCAACCAGCGUGGCAUCAUGACCUCAUAUCAAAUGAAAAUGGCACCGCAGGUCAACGCCAAGGAACAGCAAGAGACCAAGGAUCCGCUAAACGAAUUGGAUGCACUCUGGAAACUUAAAUAAAUAACUGAAGCAGAACCGAACUAAUUAAGCAGCUGAGUGACAGAAUAUGUCAUUUGGAAUACAAACAACCACGCCCCAUACUGUAAUCAAGUCGAGUAUAUACAUACACAACUAUGCAAACACACACACACAUGCGAUUAUAUAGUAAUUCGUCAUUGUUGCAAACAAUGCUAGAAAAGAGCAAAGUAUUUUGGAAUUUGUAUUGUACUUCGCCCUGUAUUUAACUGUUAUGUGGCAUCUGUAUUUCAAAUCAAAAAGAUUGGUGCCGUGAUCGUGAUUUUUACGGAUUAUUGUCAAGCGUUUCAAACCACUGUCUAUAUUAUUUUUUAUGUAUUAAUGAUAUUGUCAAGAAUUAAUAUCAAUCAAUAAAACUUAUUCGAAAGAAAA